AUGACGAAGGACGGCCUGGCAGGCAAAGAAGGGGAGCCCAUCUCGGAGCAACCGGCGCAGAACAUCAUGGAUCCGUCGAGGUUGUCGAGCUCGAGCUCGCAGAGGCAGUCGUCGGGCGGCCAGCCCAACAACCCCUACGAUGCACACGAGAGCAGUUUGGAACCUCAGCAGCAACAGCAGCCAAAGAACCAGUACCGAGGCUCUGCGGCGACGUCACACCUGGACUUCAAAAACGUCGCGCUGCGGCACCAGUCGUACGCAUCGCAGAGAUCACAGCAGUCGCGGCUGAUGACCCCGCCGCACCACCAACAAAACACGCACCCGCCGUCCUUUGCCUCGUCGACCGCCAUGCCGACGCCAAUGUUUGGCGACUUCGUCCUGCACCGAAACGACAAUUUUGGCGCGGCAGGGGAGGAAGACGAGGACCACGCGCUCGACGUGGAGAAGGAGGAGGCGGCCGAGAACCCCGUGACGGAGCCCGAGCCGGAGCUGCCGCCGCCUGUCAAGCAGCACCACAGACAAAAUAUGGUGUUCUAUGCGCUGCGAUACCUUUCGAUCGUGGUUGUCGUCACUGGGCUGCUAAUGGUGCCCGUCUUUGUGAAACGAAACGAGGCCGAGAUCGACUUGACUGACAGCGACGCCGUCAAGAGGCUCAAGAAGGACCAAGCUGUGUUUUGGACCUUUGUUUGGCUGGUCGCAUCGUGGCUGGGUUUUGUGCUCUUCGAUUUGAUUGGACUGAUGUUGCCAUAUCUCUUUCGAUUUGUGGCUAGAUAUGUGAAUCCGGCACACCAAAAGUACUGGAGGUUUCUCAGGGUGGUGAGGAGGCCAAUCUGCCUCUUUUUCGGUAUCGCCCUGAUGUUCAGUGCCUACGCGGGACUCAUCACAUACAACGAAGAUUUGGGCAUCAACGUCAACAAAAAGGACGACAGUGGUGAUUUCCUAGAGACCGGAUGGACGUUCGUCGUGAACAAUGUUUUGGAGCAGGUCACCAUUUGGGCGGGCUUUUACGCCGUGGGCAAGAUCUUGAUCUUGUACAUCUCCAUCCACUACCACUAUCGUGGAAACAACACCAAGAUCCUGCGCUCCAAGGAGAUGAUGAACGCCCUGAUCACCCUGUACGACGCCUCCCUGGCCGUGCACCCGGCGCGCCCCAACGACCACAACAACCCCUUUGCCGCCGAGGACGCCAUCGUCCAGUCGGCGACGGGUCGCGAGUACUCUUCGGGCCGCAAGACGGCGAGGUCGUACCUCGCGCGCAUGGGCAUUGACACGUACGGCCUGGCGACCUUUUUUGGCAACUUCUUGUCCGACGACCCCAGGUCGCACUGGCUGCGCCCCGCUUCCUCCUACGCGACCAUCGAGCGGUGCCUGGCGAACCCCCGCACCGCUGCAGCCUUGGCGCGGCGGAUAUGGGUCAGUCUGGCCGUCCAGGGGAGCGACGUGCUGGCGUCCGAGGACGUGGUCGAGGUGCUGGGCUUCUACCGCAGGGAAGAGGCGGCCAGGGCCUUCAAGACGGUGGGACCCAUGGCGGACAAUGUCCGGCUGGACGAGUUCGCCAUGGCCGUCGUCGAGGCGGGCAAGAUCAGACACGAUGUUUACCGUGCCAUGUGCGCCGCGGAUCACGUGCUUAAUGUCUUGGAUUGGAUGAUUGUCGGCGGGAUAGCGGCUGUCAUGACCCUGUUCAUCAUGCUCCUCUACGUCCCAUCCAUCAAGGAAAUCCAGCAACAGGCAUCCGUCUUUGCAGUGGGUCUCAGUUUUGCCGCCGGCAGGGUGGUGCACCAUUUCCUCAUCGGCGUCGUGUUUGUCUUCUUUGAUCACCCCUUUGACGAAGGCGACCGCGUCGAGGUGUAUAACCUCUCAUCGACGAACAAGACAGCAUGCGUUGUCAAACGCAUCUCGCUGCUCUACACAGUCUUUCGACGCGUAGACAACGGCGCCGACAUGCAGAUACAGAACCAACAGCUCGUCAUGAAACGCAUAGAAAACAUCAGCAGGUCCGGCAACAACAGGCAGAUACUGCAGCUGUGCGUAGACUUCAAGACGAGCUUUACCGACAUCGUGUUCUUGAGGAGGGAGCUGGAGGCCUUUGUCCGCGCCGACGAGAACUGCAGGGACUACAUGCCCGAGGUAGGAUGCUCGCUGAUCGGCGUGCAUGAGCUGAACAAGCUGGAACUCAAGUGCUCAGUCACACACCGCAGCAACUGGGGCAACGAGAAGCUCCGCUCGGCCAGGUCCAACAAGUUCUACUGUGCCGUGCUUGCAGCAGUGCGCAAGAUCCCACUCAAUCGGCCGGGUGGGCCAUUGUACAUGGGUGAGGCUGGAAGGCCCGUAUACACGGCACAGCUCGACGAAGAGCAGGCCAAUCGCCUGGUGCAGAGUGGGCACGAGGCCCUCGCGUCCGCGCGUGCCGACUUCCACCCGGAAGCGGCCCGAGACGACGAUGAGGCGGGGCAGCGUGAUGCUGAGGGCGCUGACACCGAAUCAGUCCUCAGAGACAGAGAGAGGAGAGACAAAGCAAAGGCAGAGAGGGCAACGGCAGCCGAGGCGGAGAGAGUUGCACUCGCCACGUUGCAAAGAGUACCCACGCCAGAAAAGGACAAGGUGCUUGGUGUGAGCUCCGCUGUGCAAGUAAAUGACUACAUUGGGAGAUCGGCGACCGGGAUGAGAAUAAAGCCAGGCUCAGCAGGUUACUACUGA